UUCUGGCCCAUUUUUGCCAACCUUUCAUCUUCAAUUCUCAAAUGUUCACACUCCUUACUUUCUACCUAGGCAUCAAACUAUCUUAUGAAGUUUUGUGUCUUGCCGGCAGAAGACUCGGGGUUGGUAUACCUCGGAUCGAUGCAGGACGAGGGAGUAAAUGAUCAUGGGCAAAAUGGACAACCGAACACCAUUGCACCUAACCUCCAAAGCAUCAUCGACACCUCCCUCCUCCUUGCCAUCAUAUACACCUACAUCGUUAACUGACUCAGAGGCUCCAGAACAGGCACCAGCCCACUCCCAAACCCAAUCAUUCACGACCGGCUUUGCCGUGCUUCUUUACAACGUAGGCGAUGUAUUGGGUAAUUUAUGUGCUGUAUGUUGUCGCGGAGAGCUUGGGCGUUCGUUGCACACCCCGCUCCUCUUGUCUCCAACACCUCCCUCGUUCACACUCGACUUGGUUCAGGUCCUUCUAGCUAUUUCUGUUAGUCCUGUUCGGGUGGCAUGACUAUGGCCGGGACGUUCAGUGCAAGAAGCCGGCAAUGGGGGAAUGAGGAGCGAAUGUAUCCUGGAGGAGGAUAGCUGGGAUGUCGUAGAACUUGGUGGAGAAGAGGGAUUUAGAUAACCCGAAUUUGGUGCAGCUGAUUGGCUUGACGCCCCUGCCUACUAGUAACCUGCACAAGCUCUGGGUCUGCUUCUCCCAUCAAGAACAUCGCUGUAUCGCUUACUCUUCUUGUCUCUAUGGCGGGCUGCCUCACUCUCUUCCUCUAAGCGGAGCUCAUGUACACGGAUUCACACAUUGUCGGACAGUAUAAAUCAUUCAUCUGUUUCUUUUUUGGUGGAAUGGUAUUGCAGGAAGGCGGCUGGCCGUAGGUUAUUCAUCUAUAUUUUUCUCCUGGCGCACAGUGCACUCAAUUUACGACACCAUUAUUCUUUGUAUGGUUUACGCCUUGGCUCGAAGCUUUGCAUUAACUGCUUUACAUAACCUUUUA